AUAUUUUUAGAACAGCAUUAUUAUAAUGUAUAUUUAAUAGGAAUACAUACAUGAAACGUGAUAUCUACUAAUUAUUUGUAAAUAGUUAAAUUUUUUUAGCGCGAAAGUAACGCUUAUAUAUAUAAAUGUAUAUAUAUAACAUAUAUAUACAUGUGUAUAUAUAUGUAUGAAUACGUGUAUAUGAACCGAAUUGAUUGCGAUUACAUAAGAAUGAAUGCAGUUCUACCGAAUUAUAUGUAAUUCUAAUGGUGUUUAGAAUUAUUUGUAUUAUUAUUACUCUAUUAUAACACGCGUUUCCCUGUAAUGCUAUAUAAUGUUAGUAACAUGAGUCCAUUAGAAAGAUUGUGUUAAAUUGCCUUUUCAUAUUAGGAGUAACUUGAGUCCUCAUUUUUAAUUGUAGCAAAUAGGCUAAUCUAGAUAAUGAAAAAAACACAGCAAAGCCUUUGAAGAGAGAGGAAGUACGAAUCGUACUUUCACCCAUGGAGGAUAAGUCCACCAACAUCGGUGUCUUCGAUUGGUGUUGUUGGUCAAAGGUGAUGAGUUUCAAGAAAAAAAAAAUCAUUUGGCAGCUUGUCAUCAGCUAUUGCCAGCUAAUAGCCCCAGAUGCAAUUCAUCACCACAUCAAGACUUGUAGAACGAACAUGAAGAACAUGCAUUUUGUGGCCCCUGAAUAUGGAAAUUCCGUCACACCUGCCAUUGAUAUUUACUCGUUCGGAAUGUGCGCUUUGGAGAUGGCCGCGUUGGAAAUUCAGGGAAACGGUGAUACGGGUACAAUUGUUACCGAAGAAAACAUCCAGAAGACAAUAGAAUCUUUAGACGAUGUUCAGCAAAAAGAUUUUAUUCGUAAAUGUCUUCAGGUGGACCCGCUUAGCAGACCGAGUGCGAGAGAGUUGCUAUUUCAUCCCGUUCUAUUUGAAGUACAUUCUCUCAAGUUGCUCGCAGCACACGCCUUAGUCAACACGGCUACUAACAUUUCGGAAACAAUCACAGACGAAGUGUUACAAAGGCUAUAUGGACCAGACACCGUAGUCGCCGAAAUAAAGUAUCAAGGAAUACCUCCGCAACAAAUUCGCUUAAGUGAUAUUCCCGUUACGGAGAAAUUAGAGAAAUUUGUUGAAGAUGUAAAGUAUGGAAUAUAUCCAUUGACUGCAUUUAUGGCGAAAUUGCCCCCGCCUGUCCGACCGAGGGCGAUAUCGCCCGAAGUGACAGAAUCGGUUAAAUCGGUUACACCCGAGCCCGUGGACGUGGAGUCUCGAAGAGUAGUUAAUAUGAUGUGUAAUGUUAAGCCUAGAGAAGAUAGUAGUGAAUUACUAAUGACAAUAUUGUUGCGAAUGGAUGACAAAAUGAAUAGACAAUUGACGUGUCCCGUGAGCCAAAUGGACACCUCGAUGCUUCUCGCACAGGAACUUGUACAUUUUGGAUUUAUUAAUGAGAACGAUCGUGAUAAGAUAGCCAAUUUAAUUGAGGAGGCAUUGAGGAGAUACUUCAACAAGCAAAUGGUAACGCCAGGAAUGGUAUCAUUAACUAAUCUUCCUACUCAAACUACUUUAUUGCUGCCUGGUUCGGAAUUUCCAUGUCUGCAACACUUUGACAAUUCCGUGUGCAACGCCACAACAUCCAAUAGUGAUAAUGCAACUAACCUGCUGCCAAAAACCUCAGGUAUACCUGUGUCAAGUAACAAAACGAGUAAACUUCACGAUGAUGCAGAACCGCCGACAAUCAGCGAGAGCGGUAGUUAACCAUCCAGGACGUCUGAUAACUCAGUUCACUGUGCCACUUUGCACGCUUUAUGUAUAGACUGGCUAUGUAUUUUUAUAUUUAAGUAAACGGAAGGGAGAGGAAUGGAAGUAAACAUGGGAGGGUGCCGUGGCUACACCUCUACGCUGAAUACGACUGCAAAUUAGGAAUCCGCUUAGUAUAUCUUACUUUCGUACUUUAGGCUAUCGAAGUAAUACUUCCGUUAUCGAAUUUCGUUGGUCCUCUAUAUUCUAGAGCUUUUACGUUAUACAGGUACCUUACCUGUUAUAUCGUUAUAUAUGGGUAUGCGAUAAAUUGCGCGAGAAAGAAUGUAUAAAUCUAAUGUAAAAAGACCAAAAUACUUGUGAUUGUAUAAUUAAGAGGAUAGUUAGAGGUCUGCUGGAUAUUGAUUCAUAUUUAUACGAAGCUACGAUUUGAUACUUACCUGUCGUAAUCUACCUAUCGGGAUACAAUUACGAGAGUUCGUUACGUAUCGCGUUUCUCAUAAUGUCUCUUAGAAUUACAAACGAUGGAAAUUAAUACGCCGAAAUUAUAUAUCAUGCUUUUCGACAAUGUAACACUAAAGUUUAUUUCGUGUGCAUACAAAUCGACAAAAAUUGAUUCAAUCAUGCGUAAGAAGGAAAGAAAAGACUCUCUUCAUUGUACAGUUAUUGUAAAAUCCAUUAAUAUUUAAAUAUUGUAUGGAUUCUUGAUUUUUCUUUCGGACAAGUCUGUCGAUCUCUCACCGCUCUUGUUACUUUCGCCAAAAUACUCAAUCUAUCGUAAAGCCUUGUCUAGAAGUGUGCGAAUAUGAAUAUUCGCGAGAGAAAGUAUAGCAGCGUGCUUAUUCAUUUUACUUUUAGUUCUAUAGACAAGAUUGCGAUGUAAUACUGGCUCAAUAGUGUAAUUUUGGUAGUAAUCAGAUAAAGCCACGGCCCUACUCUAUACUUGGGUAUUAUUGAUGUGAUUAAACCAAGAUUAUUAAAUCUCGAUAAAAUUAGAAAAUCCUUGUAAAUAUUUUAUAUUUUUAAGAAAAAUCUGUUGACACAGAAAACUAGUCAUAUAGGUAUAUUCGAGUGCUAACAGACUAACACAGAUCUUAUUACGUCUUUUGCAUUUAUAACACGUGCUUGGCCAAGAGAGAGAGAGAGAGAGAGAGAGAGAGAGAGAGAGAGAGAGAGAGAGAGAGAAAGAGAGAGGGAUAGAGAAAGGGAGAGAGAGAGAGAGAGAGAGAGAUACUGCUCCAAUUUCAUACCUCGGUCGAAUUGAUUUCAGUGAAGCAUUUCUCAUUAAGUAAACGACUAACCCUACUAGAGGUACCUAUUACCUACAACAACAUAAACUUCGAUCUUAAGUAUGUAAGUAGAUUAUCAAACUAAAUUGAAUGUGUAUAGCUUUAUAAUACAAAUUAUAAACGAGAAAAAAAAGCGCGACGACUGACUCGUGGAUAUUAUGAAAGGGCUGUACGAUGACAGUGAUAAAUAAAUACUUUAACUC